UGUGAGUGCAAAGAUCCAAGGGGUUAGUAUAUCAUACAAAAAGCAACAAACAAAGAACCAAACACACCCAUACUAAAAGGGAAAGAAAGAAGGCAAAGACGAAGAAGACAAGAGAGAUAGAGAAAAGGUCAUAAGUUGCUUCCAUACUUAUCACUAUCACACACGAGCAAUAUCUUGUCAAGUGCCAUACAUUACACCCAACAACUCUCCUUCUCACCAUCUUCCACUUUUAUACUCUUCUCUCUUAUUCAACCUUGCUCUCUCUGGACCUUUGCUCGAUAAUCAUCAUCUCAUAUACAGCUCUCCGAGUCUUCUGAACUGCGGAGAAUUAGAGAUUCUCUAUCCGAUUGACCCUUUUAAUAUUUGCUUUUUUACCAUCGGAAGAUCACAUUCACUCCUUAUACUUUAUUUGCUUGUUCCCGUUCUAUUUGCUUCUUUCCCUCUAUCAUCGAUAGACGUCGAACGCAGAAACUUCCGAAACCCGGCGUUGACCUUCGACUAUUGAGCACCGGUUCGUCCGAGAAGGGAGCUCACCACGAAAACAAAAGAGACGAGUAGACAGCAAAGGCGAAGUAAUUCUAGGGUAAGGUAACCUAGGCAUAUCUUCUUUGCUUCUAAUCUCGCCUGAGAUGGAAACAGCUGAGCCUGUGUCCUAUGAAUUCCCCGGUCAUGCAAUCGGUGCUGUUGCGCCGCGUCGGAUGUUGGCCUCCAAUAUUGGUCAUAACUUUCCCUUCUAUGCAAGCCCAGCAGCGUCAUUUCCACUGCCAUUCCACCAGUCGCCCUCUACCGCUUAUGGAUUUGGCCAUGCACUCAAUCAUCACCACCAUAACCACCACCAACCCAGCUAUCCUCAGUUCUUCGUGGCCAGCCAUGAAACGAUCAACUCUCAGCCGAUGAGGCUCUCGUCGGAGCCACCACCUGUCCAGUCAAUCCCUGAUAUCCGUCCUGCCAAAAAUGCGGUCAAUCGCGUAUAUAGAGAUCCGUUGGUCAAAACUGAUUCCGGCUCAAACAUACAACAGACUUCCAUGGCCCGCUCAUCGACCCACGGAGCAGCUGCCCAAAGCAAGAGCCCUAGCGUCGGCGAGAUUGAAUUCACCACCGAGGUUGAUAUACUUAUGAAAGCAAUCCAGUCCAGAACUAGUGUCCAGCCGCCGAAUAUACAAUCAUUGCCGCCUCUACAGCAAUUAACGCACAGGGGAGGUCACGGUUACCCCCAGACCCAUUCUAUUCACUCAUCUGGCAAUACCAGAUGCACUAUGAUGUCUGAUGAAGCGCAACCACGGUCAGGGAAGAAGCGCAAAUAUGUCUGUACCCUUCCACACUGUGGAAAGAGCUUUGCUCAGAAGACUCAUUUGGACAUCCAUACAAGGGCCCACACCGGAGACAAGCCCUUUAUCUGUAAGGAACCUUCUUGUGGACAACGUUUCUCCCAGCUAGGCAAUCUGAAGACACACCAGCGACGUCAUACUGGCGAGAAACCUUUCUCUUGCGAUAUAUGUCAGAAGAAGUUUGCCCAACGCGGCAAUGUCCGUGCCCAUAAAAUCACACACCAGCAUGCCAAGCCAUUCACUUGUCUGUUAGACGACUGCGGGAAACAGUUUACUCAGCUGGGCAAUCUCAAGGUGCGAUGAUCCAUGCAUUGCAGUACUCACAUAAAUUGGCUAUACCGUAUCUAACUGGUUGGACAGUCUCACCAGAAUAAAUUCCACGCAACGACAUUGCGAGAUUUGACAUUGAAAUUCUCCCAAGUAGCCACAGGGGAGCCCAUGAGUCCGCAGGAUAGAAAGCUGUGGGAAUACUUUGCUACUCUUUACAAGAAUAGCAACAAGGGAAUAAAGGGCCGUGGAAAGGAUCGUAGGAUCUCCCCUACCUCUAAGCUAGGACCUGGGAAGCGACGCCAGACCCUAGUCAACAAUGACGACAAGCUGCAACGACCCAGUUACGAGGAAUCAUCGGGCUACACCGGGGGUUCAAGUAGUGACGAGGAGGAUACGGAUACCUAUUAUAUCGAUAGACA